AUGCCCAGCAGACAUCGUCUGGCAAUCAGCGACUGUCUUUUGGCAACCGGCGAUUUGGACUCCUCUCUCGGUGAACUAGCUGCUCGUUUGACCGCUAUCGACCAACCACUGCCCCUCAACCUCGUAGCAGCAAUCCCUGCCAGAGCCAAACAAGCGCAUGGGAUUUAUUUCUGCAGCAAUUCGUCCACCAACAGCUACGCUGGAUACGCCGAUGCCGAGAAAUGCAUGCCAGAAGCACAAAUCGCUGAUUUCAUUCGUCGUAGCAACCAAGAUCUGUUCGAGAAAUUGAAUCAGAUGCCAUUGGAGAGUAGCCACUUGGCCGGCGAUGAAGAGAUGGCCGUGGAAGACAUCAACAAGAGCGCCCUUUUGAACGGCAGGAAUACGCCAUCGACCACCAACGUUCUGGCCGUCUCUGAGAAUGUCGUGCACCCGACCAACGAUGAGCACCAGGUCACUGUCACGCAGGGCACUGCCAUGACCGAGCCUGCCAACGAAGCGGAGCCACUGGACAUUGAUUGUCCAAGUGAGCCUGACACAGUGCUCCAGGCAGAAGACCAACUCCUUCUCCGUAAGCACAUCGUCCGCUCCUAA